CCUCAGCCUCAGCUUUGAGGUUCCCAGGCUUCCCGGCUCCGGUGGCAUCUCCGAGGCUGGAGCGCAGCGAGGGCUGAGGACAGACGGUCCCAGGGCUGAGCGCCCCGAGGCGGAGAUGCCGCUGCGGCAGGCUGUGUGUGGGCGCUCCCCGCCCCACUCCGGCCGAGGGCCUUUAGUUCGGGCCUGUUCGUACUGGUUUCCGCCGCCUCCUCCUGUGCCCAGGCUGAGAACCGUGGGGACCGCACAGCCCCGCACAGGGCACCUGCCCCUCCGCUCCCUGCGAUUCUGACGGGCUGGCGCCCAUGCGACUCUACACUCUCUCCAAGCGCCACUUCGUCCUCGUGUUUGUCGUCUUCUUCAUCUGUUUUGGCCUCACUGUGUUCGUCGGGAUCAGAGGACCCAAAGUGAUCCAAACUUCUGCAGCUAAUUUUUCACUAAAUAACAGCAAAAAGCUAAAGCCAAUUCAAAUACUUUCAAAUCCGCUGUCUACGUAUAAUCAGCAACUAUGGCUGACAUGUGUGGUCGAGUUGGAUCAUCAGUCGAAAGAAACUUCUAUUCAGACAAGCUUUCCCAUGACCGUUAAAGUCGAUGGUGUAGCUCAAGAUGGGACCACAAAGUACAUUCACAACAAAGUUCACAACCGGACACGGACCCUCACAUGUGCAGGGGUGAAAUGUGCAGAAAUUAUUGUGGCUCACCUUGGCUACUUGAAUUACACUCGGUACACAGUGACUGUGGGAUUUGAACACCUGGAGCAUUCCAUCAAGGAAAUGAACUUCACAUGGAAGACUUAUGACCCUGCAUUUUCCCGGCUGGAAAUUUGGUUCCGAUUUGUCUUUGUAGUGCUGACCUUCAUUGUCACCUGCCUGUUCGCACAUUCCCUCCGCAAGUUCUCCAUGAGGGACUGGGGGAUCGAGCAGAAGUGGAUGUCUAUUCUUUUGCCUCUGCUGCUGCUGUACAAUGACCCCUUCUUCCCCCUGUCCUUUCUGGUGAACAGCUGGCUCCCAGGCAUGCUGGAUGACCUCUUCCAGUCUGUGUUCCUGUGCGCCUUGCUGCUCUUCUGGCUGUGCGUGUACCAUGGGAUACGUGUUCAGGGAGAAAGAAAGUGUUUAACUUUCUAUUUGCCUAAAUUCUUCAUUGUUGGACUGCUGUGGCUGGCUUCUGUUACUCUAGGGAUAUGGCAAACAGUUAAUGAAUUACAUGAUCCCAUGUACCAGUACCGAGUUGACACUGGAAAUUUUCAGGGGAUGAAGAUCUUCUUCAUGGUGGUGGCAGCUGUGUAUAUUUUAUACCUUUUGUUCUUGAUAGUGCGGGCAUGUUCUGAGCUACGUCACAUGCCUUAUGUGGAUCUCAGGUUAAAAUUUUUAACUGCAUUGACUUUUGUGGUGCUUGUCAUUAGCAUCAUCAUCCUUUAUUUAAGAUUCGGAGCACAAGUGUUGCAAGACAAUUUCGUUGCAGAACUGUCAGCACACUACCAGAAUUCAGCUGAGUUCUUAUCUUUUUAUGGCCUGUUGAACUUUUAUCUCUACACCUUGGCCUUUGUAUAUUCCCCAUCGAAGAAUGCUCUCUAUGAGUCGCAGCUGAAAGACAAUCCUGCAUUUUCCAUGUUAAACGACUCCGAUGAUGAUGUGAUUUAUGGGAGUGACUAUGAAGAAAUGCCCCUGCAGAAUGGCCAGGCCAUUCGGGCCAAGUACAAGGAGGAGUCAGACAGUGACUGAGCUCAGCGCCUGGAUCUUCCCCUUGGGUGCCCACUCCUGCUGUCCAUCUGUGUACCUGUCCGUCUGUGUCCAUCCAGGCCUCCUCGUGAGCAAAGAUCUCCUGAUCCUUAUUUGUUUACAUGUUCUUAAAAGGAAAACCAAAACUGAGGGCAAAUUUAAAUGUUGGGCCAAAUUUAUUGUCAGAGUGGCUACAUUUAUUUGGGAAGAAAGGCGUGGAUAAAAAGUUUAAACAGCCCAAUGCUUUUUAGAAGAUUUCAGAUAAGAGCGAGUUUUCAGUGGUGGGGAGGAAAUUGCCUUGUGCCUUGUUCAGUGAGUGAAUUAGGUACUUUUCUCUUUUUUUCUUUUGUUUUAGUCAUUCACUAAUUCCAAAUUCGUUGGCAUCCCUUGCUUUUCCUUUCUUGCCUUCCCCUUGGUAUCCUUUUUUUUUGUGACUGUUUAACCUCCAAAGGAAGCCUGUUUCUGUGGCUUCCGCAGGGGUGCAGGCCUUCCUCGGAGAGUGGCAUCUGAAUGGGUUGGUAAUUUGGAAUCACUGUGGAUUUGUGAAGCAUGGAAAGUGUGAUUUUUACCUGGGGAAUGGUGGGUGGUCAGGUUCUAGUCCUUCACUGUCGCCAAAGCAGAAGUAAUAGCAUGGAGCUCUGAGGAGGAUUUGAUAAGUUGAAUACUCCCGUGAGGAAGGUUUUGUUGCUCUGGUGUUUUGCAGGGGCCUGUGUGUUCUUACACAUAUGACCAUGAAUGGGUUUUCCUGUGGUUGAGCUGGGCAGGAGGGGAGCUGUUACCAUGCCAGUAAAUAGCAGUUUCUGCAACUUUUGAAUAAGAAACCCCAUAGAGAUUUAUUUUUUUAAUAAGAAUUAAAGGAAUGAUUUAUAAAAUAUUAUAGGUUCUUAAUUGCCAAAAAGUUUUUUAACUUCACUUUUGGAAAUAAGAUGAAAAGUAAGCAAAACAUCUUAAAAUGGCUUAUGGAGAAACAUCAUAGAGUAGAAGCUAACUUUUUUGGAAAUCAUUCCCUGCCCUUCCUGAACCACACAUGAGUGAGGUAAGCACAGGAAUUGCCCUCUGGAAAAGUCUCUGACACUGCAUAAUCAUAGAAGGCCCUGGAGCACUGGUUCUCAACCUUCCCAAUGCUGCGACCCUUUAAUACAGUUCCUCAUGUUGUGGUGACCCCCAACCAUCAAAUUAGUUUCAUUGCUACUUCAUAACUGUAAUUUUGCUACUGUUAUGAAUCAUAACGUAAAUAUCUGAUAGGCAGGAUGGUUGUAGGCAACCCCUGUGAGAGGGUCGUUCGACCCCCAAAGGUAUUGUGGCCCACGGGUUGUGAACCGCUGUCCUAGAGAGUCCCGGUUCCUUUUACUCAGGGACUCAUUAGAGGUGGGGUAGAGAUGUCUCCUUUGCUUUUCCCUUGACAUGCGUAGUAACAUCUGUGACUAUUAAUAUACAAUUGUAGCCAACCUGACUGAUGCCAUCUGGGCCAAAAGAGGCGGGUUGCGCUCUCCAGGCCGAACCUCCACCCUCAUCUAUGCAUUGGCUAUCAGAUGACUGUUCCGAGCCACAAGUUACUGUCCUGAGGUAGUGCUGGGACCUUCGAGUUGUUCAUGGGAGACUAUUCAUUAUGACUUCACAUCUUUCUUUUUAAUUUAAACUUCAAUAAUGUACCUUUAAUGUGGAUUUUAUUCACAUUUGUUUUUAAAAAACCUUGUAAAUAGGAAUGUUUGGAUUAAAACAGCUAUUACUGCGAUGAUAAUUCAAGGUUUACAUGAUUUCUACAUUUGUAAUGAAUGAUGUAAUGACAUUUUUGAUUCUGUGUACUUAGAGGUAUUGAAAAUUUUUUCUGUUACCAAAUUUUACAACUUCUACUACUCUAUAAUUUUUUGUAAACUGAUGAAGAUUUGUGCCGAUUAACAUAUUCUAGUAUGUGAUAUAGUUUAUAAGUUUUAAUCAUUAUAGUGUUCAUUAUUUGGAAUGCUGUUAUUUAUCAGUAAAUGUAAAAUAGUUGAGGCAUUUAGCCAUACACACAAUAGAACUUUUUAGAACUUGUCUUUGUCCUAUAAUGUAAUUAUAAACUGACAGCUAGUAUCUUCAUGCAUUAAUUCUUCAUGGCACCAUGAAAUGAAAAAUACGGGAUUAUUUACUUUUUGUAACUAAGUUGUAAACAAAAAAAAUUAUAACAAAAGUACUAAAGGGAAAAUGGUUCCUCGUAUAUCAUAAAUACUAACAUAUUCUAUACACCAUGUAAGAGUUUGCUUAAAGUAUAUAGCAUUUAGCAUGUUAGGUUAAAACACUAAAGUCUGCCAGAAACUUUUGACAGUAGCAAGAAAAUUGUUUUUAAGGGUAUUAAAGUUUCACAAACUUAAAUUAUGAAUUCCAAGGGCUGACUUUAGUUCUUUCAUGGUAAUGGUUUGAAACCUCAUCUUUGGGAUAUUUUUUAUACUGGUCCAGUCUAGGGCAACCUGGAAGAUGACCAGAGUGUUUCACUUUCCCUCGAGAGAGAGCUUCAUUAGCCAUGUACAUAAUAACAAGUCCACCUGAUUUACUAUUGAAUCAUUGUAACAGAGCAGUGGUGCCUUCUCUCUCAAGCCCCAGGGGAAAGUGAGAGGAGAUACAUAAAAAUACAUUCAAAGUUGUAAGGAUAUUAGGGCACAUAAUUACAGAUUGCAACAAAAGUUUAGAUACAUUAUGUAAACCCAAUCCACUAACUGGGCAGGUUACAAAGACAAAUGUCACCAGCUUCAAGUAUUUUUUAACUUUACUGAAGGGGCAAGUAUGUUAUAUGUGGUAACUUAGUUCCCGAAUCCUUUUCAGAGAAAAUACACAGAUGCUCAUAAAAGGGAUAAUUAAAAGAGAAGUCUCUAAAUAUUUAUAGUAAAGACUAGAUUUAAAACACAAGUAAAAAAAAUAAACAAAUAAAAUAAAUAAAACACAAGUAAAUUUAUAUUCUGAGGGUUUUAGAAACCAGUUGCCUUAGUGGUUAUACUUUGAAAAAAAGAUACACAUCUUUUUCCCAGGUCAAAGGGAGUUACUGUUGUCUGUGGCAUCUUGUUACGCUGUUUAUUUUGGUUUGAUUUUUUUUUUUUUGAGUGAGUUUCAUUUGUUGCUCUCGGUAGAGUGCCGUAGUGUCAUAGCUCACAGCAACCUCAAACUCUUGGGCUCAAGUGAUUCUCUUGCCUCAGCCUCCUGAGUAGCUGGGACUACAGGCACCCACCACAACACCUGGCUUUUUUUUUCUUUAGAGGCGAGGCCUCGCUCUUGCUCAGGCUGGCCUCUAACCCGAGCUCAGGCAAUACACCCACCUCGGCUUCCAGAGUGCUGGGAUUACAGGUGUGAGCCACUGCGCCUGACCUGGUUUGAUAUUUUAGCUAUACUGGUAAGUGUAAUACCACGCUAGGAAACAACAGGAUUUUCUGCUAUGGAAAACUGCCUUUUUAACAAGACUAGAUAGUCGUAAAAUAAAACACUGAACUUUAAGGUUAAAAGGGAAGGUAGAGCUAUGUAUUCAACUGUAGGACUGUGUCAUAGAGUACAGGGCUGGGCAUAGAUGGUCACUGUAAUUAGGCAAAGUGAAUGAAUAUUUAUGGGAAACUCAUGUUUUGGGAAUGGCUUCUUUUUAACACUACUUUCUGAUGCCAAUAAAUUUUUAAUAUUCA